AUGCUAUUGAGCUUUAAGUUCUUGAGAGUUUUAAAUUUGUCCGAGUCCAGCAUCGAGGAGUUGUCUGCCGCAGUCGCCAAGCUAAUAUACUUGAGAUAUAUCGAUCUCUCCAACACUACGAUCAAAACCUUGCCCAACUCCAUUUGCAAGCUCUACAAUUUGCAAACGUUUAGAGUCAGUAACUGCUUUUCACUCAAGGAUCUUCUAGAAGAGAUGGCAAAUAUGAUAAGUUUGAGACACCUAUAUUACAACUCUACGUAUUGUCCGAGUUGGGGAAAAUGGUUUAUUAGUAAUGAGCACUUUCAGAUGCCACUUAAGAUGGGACAAUUGACUUGUCUUCAAACCCUACAGUUUUUCAAGGCCGGUUUAGAGGAAGGUCGUCAAAUAAAAGAAUUAGGUCCUUUGAUGAACCUUAGAGGCGAAUUAACGAUCAAUAGCCUGCAAUUGGUCCAUAGUAGAGAAGGAGCUGUAAGAGCAUGUCUACAGGAUAAACCAAAUAUCUUCAAGCUGGCAUAUUUAUGGUCCCAUGAUGAAUCAGAAGACUGUGAGAUCAAUGACGAGUAUGUUUUGGAUGGUCUUCAACCGCAUCCUAACUUGAAAACCUUAGAGGUGGAGGACUAUUUGGGAACUAGAUUUCCUUCAUGGUUCAGUGAAGAAUUGCUACCAAAUUUGGUCAAGCUGAAAUUAAGUGGAUGCAAAACGUGCAAGGAAAUUCCUUCACUUGGUCAACUGAAAUUCCUACGGCAUCUUGAACUGAGAGGAUUCCAUGAGGUGGAAUGUGUUGGACCUAAAUUUUAUGGCGUUGAGGUUAACAAUAUUGGAUCAAGCAGCAAUUACGCCAACAUCCAAGUGUUCCCAUUACUCAAAGAACUAGUAUUGGAGGAUAUGCCUAGUCUUACUGAGUGGAAGGGAGUGGAAUUGUUACCAACAGGAACUGGUGGUAGAGACGGAUUUGGAGUGAGAAUAUUUCCUAUGCUUGAGAAAUUGAUCAUUAGUAACUGUCCACUGUUAAAAAGUACUCCGAAUCAAUUUGAAGUCCUAUGUGAAUUAGAGAUUGAAGGAGUUGACAGUGAAAUGCCAUUGUUGAACUUGUGCAGUAACUUGACAUCUCUCGUAACGCUUAUUGUUGAGGAUGUGAAAGAGCUCACUUGUCUUCCAGAUGAGAUGCUGCGCAACAAUUUUUCUCUUGAACAUCUUUCGUUCUCAAAUUGUAGAGAGUUUCGUGCAUUGCCACAAAGCUUGUACAAUCUCCGUUCUCUUAAGAGCUUAGAGAUUAACAGCUGCACCAAUUUCAGUUCCAUUCUUGUUCCCAGUGGAGAGAAUCAUUUGACUUCCCUUCAAAGUCUUGAGUUGUCCAAUUGUGAUGGACUGACCAGUUUACCAAGGGGACUGCUAGAGCAUUGUUGGUCUCUGGAAUCUUUGGUGGUCUGGUGCUAUAACAACUUAGUUUCCUUCCCUUUACAUUUUGGGGAAAUACCUUCACUUUCAUAUAUGAAUAUAUCAAAAUGCCCCCAAAUGAAUAGUGUACCCACAGGGGGCUUUCGCCGUCUCACUGGGUUACGGGAAUUGCAUAUUGGCCCUUUCUCAGAGUUGGUGGAUUUUGAGGCAAUCCAAUUGACAUUUAAUGGCAUUCAACAGCUAUCCCUUCUUACAUUGUCGGUGUACGGACGUGCGAACUUGGAUUCUUCUCUGCCCCAUCAGCUUAUGCAACUCUCUGCCCUAACAGAGAUCAAUAUAAGUGAUUUCGGAAUCGAGGCUCUUUCUCAUAGUCUUGGCAAUCUUACUUCUCUUGAAAGAUUAAUGCUAUGGGGGUGCAAACGGCUACAACAUGUGGACUUCUUAGAUGCUAUGCCCAAAUUACGGCGUCUGGAGAUCAAUGAUUGUCCAUUGUUAGAAGCUCUGUCGGAUGGGCUCGUGAACCUUGUUUCUUUGGAAGUGUUAUAUUAUUGUGGUAUAAUAUCUUGA